AUGCCUGUCGAAAUUACGAUGCAAUCGCCUCUGGCGGAGGCUCUGCAGCGCGAGGUCCAGAAGAAGCUUGCUGAAAACGGGUGGGCACCCAGUGACGAUAGCGACAACACGAUGGCCGAAUACAUCAUCCUCAUGCUCGUCAACGGAAGACAAGAAGACGAGAUCUCGGGGGAGCUUGCCAGAGACCUCCUCAACCUUGACCCCGAAGAUAACAGUGCCCGUGAAUUUUCAAAAUGGCUCUUUGAAACCGUCGAGGCACAGAAUGCGACAAUCAACGGCCCACCUGCGGCUCAAGUCGCUCCUGCUCAUGACAACGCAGACCAAGAUGUGGAGAUGGACCUCACGGGCGCCGACAGCGUUGGUGAUAUUGGCGCACCAACAGGACCUAAGGCCAUGCGCAGCGGAAGCGGUGCAGGUGGCUUCCGUGGUGGACGGGACAAGCGUGUGGUGGGACAGAUCAACCGCCAAAUGGACCGCUCAAACGAUUCAGUACUGCACCGCGUCCGUGGUCAGGGCAGCGGUAUUAACACGCACGCCCGCGGUGGGCCACAUGGCCGAGGAGGUAUGGGCGGUUUCGGAAACGGCCGCCAAGCACGGCAUAUGAACGGCCGUGCAACCGCCAGCUUCAACCAUGCUCUUGCCAACGCUGGGAUGGGUGGUGGCCAGCCAGGCAUGCCCUGGGUUGGUCAGCCUGGACAGCCUGGCCAACCCGGCCAACAGGGGCUUACUGGCCAGCAGUCCAUGCAGCCAGGGCCCAUGGACGUGUACGCCAUGCUUGAACAGCAGUCGCGCAUGAUGAUGCAAAUGCAGCAGCAGAUGCAGAUGCAGCAGAACAUGAUGCAGAACAACAACAACCGCCGCGGCGGAAUGAACAACCGUGGCCGCCCACUGGCUGACCGUAUCCAGCGCCCCCACCAGAACAAUAAGAACUUCCGGAACGGGCAGCAGGACAUUUCAAAUGACGCUGGCAACGACGCAGAAAAGAAGGACAACAACGCCACCGAUGGCGAGUCCCUUACCCUCGACGAUUUUGACAUGACCAGCGACACGACCCGGCCAGAGACUUCUAGCAUAGCCGAGACUAUGUGCAAGUUCAACCUCAACUGUGCGAACGAAAAUUGCAAGUUCGCACACCAGUCGCCUGCAGCGCCACCCGGCAUCACUGUCAACGUUCAGGAGGCGUGUAGCUUUGGUGCCGCCUGCAAGAACAAGAAGUGCACAGCACGCCACCCAUCCCCAGCCGCCCGUGCGGCCCACCAGAGCGAGCAGGAUUGCAAGUUCUUCCCCAACUGUACAAACCCACAUUGCCAGUUCCGCCACCCAGCCAUGCCGCUGUGCCGCAAUGGCGCCGACUGCUCCGUCCGCGGCUGCAAGUUCACACACAUACAAACAAUGUGCAAGUUCCGGCCGUGUACCAACCGCUAUUGCACUUUCAAGCAUGAAGAGGGCCAGCGUGGAACGUUCCCCGACAAGGUAUGGACGGCCGACGGCAGCAACGGCGGAAGCACCAACGGCGGCGAGAAGGAUCACAUCAGUGAGCGCAAGUUUGUGGAUGAGUCGGCGGCCGAGGAGACGAUUCUACCUGGUGUCGAUAAGGAUACGACCACUGAGGAGGCCGUGAUCUCCUAG